AUGGCAACCGAAAUGCAGGCAGCGCCCGUUCUCUCAACACCGGAUUCUCUCAUCCUUGAGGCCACCGAACCUGUCGCCCGCCAGAAUGCGACUCGCGCCCUGUCUGACGAAGAGCUCUCCAUCACCUACGAUAUCGAGCGCACAUUGCAGGAAAUCCGCCAGGCACGGUACAAGCGCAUCGCCCUGCAGUUCCCAGAUGAUAUGCUUCCGGAUGCUCCCCGUGUUUUCCAGCUGCUCAGCCGAGGUCUUGCGCGCUGCGACGUCGACAGGACCACCGCCGAAAAGAACGGUGCGGAAUCGGAGAAUCUGGCUCAAGACGUCUCUCAACUUAGUGUCGAUGAUAAGCCGGAGCCGGAGCCCAGAUUGUAUAUAUUGGCGGAUACAUCUUACGGGACCUGUUGUGUCGACGAGGUCGCUGCAGAACAUGUGAAUGCGGACGUUGUCGUGCAUUAUGGGCGCUCAUGCUUGUCGCCUACGGCCAGACUACCUGUCAUCUAUGUCUUCACUCACAAGGAGUUACCUAUUGAGCCAGUCAUCCAGGCGUUCAAAACGACCUACCCGGAUCAGGCCACCAAGAUCGUACUCGCGGCCGACGUGACCUACUGCGACCAUAUUCCUGCCGUGUACGCGCGCUUAGUAGAGGAAGGAUAUACCAACCUUUACGCUACGGAGCUAAUCCACUGUCCAUCAUCUGCCAUUCCCAAUCGGACGGUGCCGGACUCCGUGCGUGAAAACCCCGAAUCGCUGUCGGAAUGGCAGCUCUUCCACAUCUCGGACCCGCCAACUGCGCUUCUCCUAACGCUCGCAUCCCGCGUGGCUGCGAUCCACAUCUAUCCCACCGCCGACGCGCCGAGCGACAAUGUCAAGCCGCUGCCUGCGUCGACAUCGGCUGCCUUGGGGCGUCGCUACGCUAUUCUGACAAGGCUCAGCACCGUCCCUAUUUUCGGGAUCUUGAUCAAUACGCUCAGUGUGAAGAAUUACCCUCAUAUCGUGGAGCAUGUGAAGCAAAAGAUCGCAGAUGCAGGAAAAAAGAGCUACAUGUUUGUUGUAGGCAAACUGAAUGCCGCCAAGGUGGCUAAUUUCAGUGAAAUCGGUGGCUGGGUGGUGAUUGGUUGCUGGGAGAGUUCCCUUGUCGACAGCAAAGAUUUCUGGAAACCAGUGAUCACCCCGUUUGAGUUGGAGCUUGCUCUCAAGGGUGACCACGAGCGGGUCUGGACUGGAGCCUGGCAGAGCGACUUUCAGAGCAUCCUUGACCAACCUGCCGAAGAAGCGCAAUCAGCCGACGACGAAGGAUCACCAAACGGCGACGACGACAUGUCCGAACCCGAGUCUGCACCUCCCGAGUUUGAUCUGCGAACCGGCCGGUAUGUCUCUCACACGCGUCCGAUGCGGAAUCCUGCACCCCGCGUUUCCGCUCAGGGUGAUGAUGCAGUCUCUGCUGCCAGUGGACCGGCCGCUGCCCGAGCUCUAGCCAGACGAGCUAAAGGCGAGUUGGCCAUGAUCGGCGGGGCCGUCUCUCCAGGGGCUGAAUUUCUACGGUCGCAACGGACUUGGAAGGGGCUGGGAAGCGACUUCGAUAUCCAGUACGACGAAGAGGAUCCUAGCGAUAGCACUUUGGUCGUCGAAGGGCGCAAGGGCAUUGCAAGGGGAUAUACGGUGGGCGAUUCAAUAGAGAAACACUAA